AUGAAGAACUGCUCAGUAGUGACUGAGUUCAUCCUGCUUGGAAUCCCACACACAGGGGGCCUGGAGACUAUGCUUUUUGUGUUGUUCCUGCCCUUCUAUGCCUGCACUUUGGUGGGAAAUGUGUCUAUCCUUGUGGCUGUCAUUUCCUCUACCCGCCUUCACACACCCAUGUAUUUUUUCCUGGGGAACUUGUCUGUAUUUGACAUGGGUUUCUCUUCUGUGACCUGUCCUAAAAUGCUACUCUACCUUAUGGGACUUAGCAGACUCAUCUCCUAUCAAGAUUGUGUCUCCCAACUUUUUUUCUUUCAUUUUCUUGGGAGCAUUGAGUGUUUUUUGUAUACUGUGAUGGCCUAUGACCGCUUUGCUGCCAUUUGUCACCCUCUGCGGUACUCCGUCAUCAUGAGCUCAAGGAUCUGUGUAGCUCUAGCUGUGGGGACAUGGCUAUUAGGAUGCCUCCAUUCCAGUAUCUUGACAUCUCUCACCUUCACUUUGCCUUACUGUGGUCCCAAUGAAGUAAAUCACUUCUUCUGUGAUAUACCAGCAAUCUUGCCAUUGGCCUCUGCUGAUACAUCCUUAGCCCAGAGAGUAAGCUUCACUAAUGUUGGCCUAGUGUCCCUUGUCUGCUUUCUUCUGAUCCUUGUGUCCUAUACUCGAAUCACAACCUCCAUCUUGAGUAUUCACUCAACUGAGGGACGUCAGCGUGCCUUCUCCACCUGCAGUGCCCAUCUUAUUGCUAUCCUCUGUGCUUAUGGGCCCAUCAUCACUGUAUACCUGCAACCCACACCCAACCCUAUGCUGGGAACUGUGGUCCAAAUUCUGAUGAAUUUAGUAGGACCAAUGCUGAACCCUUUGAUCUAUACUUUGAGAAAUAAGGAAGUGAAGAUAGCUCUGAAAAAAAUACUGCAUGGGAAGGGACCUGUUUCUAAGGGCUAG